AUGUUUUAAAGCACAUGUCGUUUAUCGUUGAUGGAUGCCUCUUGGAUAAAGCUAGCGUUAAAUGACAGGUCCUAUAACUUACAGACGAUUGCUUUCAACUGAACGAACCGUAUUCUGCCGUUUACGGCCAAUACGAAACGUCAACGUUUAUCACCGAAACCAGAAUAUAUAUACUCGGUUCAAAAAAUAAAAAAGAAGAAUAUAUAGACAAAGCUCUCUCUGUUGGUUGUAUUUAUCCUGGUAGAGUUGAUAAAUUUAUUAAUUUUAUGAGAUUUUAGCUGCUGUGAAAUAGGAUUAUAUACCAACUGACAAUGGAAAGCGAAGAUGAUGUGGUGAAGAAGACACAAGUUGUGGAGGCUCGGGCAAGGAAUAUUAGUCACAAUGUUCGGUGCACGGAGUGUGGGAGUCAAUCCAUUGAAGAUUCUCAAGCAGAUAUUGCUAUUCUCCUCAGGAAGCUAAUUCGUGAUGAGAUUCAGUCUGGGAAAACCGACAAAGAGAUCUACAAAAAACUUGAGGAUGAAUAUGGGGAAACUGUACUUUAUGCACCAAAGUUUGAUCUACAAACUGCAGCCUUGUGGCUAUCCCCGCUUCUAGUUGCAGGUGUUGCUGGAGGAAUAUGGGCUUUCAAGAAGCACAGGCAGAAGACUAAUGUACACAUAAUGGCAUUGAAUCUUGUGAGAGGUGUUCCAUUGACUCCAAAAGAGAAGGAAAAUAUGUUGGAGAUUCUCACACCUCCUGCCUCAAAUGCAGCUAGUCCGUCCUUCUGGUGGAGAAAGUGGCGUAAUUGAUAAUGCCUUUCUUCUUUUGACUGCUGCAAAUCUUCUUCAAGCUCUGGAGUUUUGUGGAGGGAACUAAAGUAUUAUGGUAGUGAUCUGAAAUUAACUUGUUUAUAGGGGCUGGAAUUGUUGCAAAAAAGAAACUUAAACCAUUGGAGGAUUUUGAAUGUAAUAGUGUCCAAUUUUACUAUUCAGCUUUGCUUA